AGGGGGCCACAGAAAUGAAGGGGUGACCUCCCUCCUCUGUUCCUCCAGGCUGUCUGAGGGAGGGGAUGCUAGAAGGGGGUGAGAAUUCUGUCCCUCUGGUCCCAGGGCUGCCCCUCUGUCUUCCAGUCAGCGCUGCCUAGCCACGCCUGCCAACCUGUGUUUACAGGUGACUCUGUUGGGGAAUACAAAACCUGGGAAGGAAACCUGGCAACAAGGGCCUCUCUGUCCUCCAAGCCGGCAACUGCCACACCACCCCAGGGCUGGCUCCGGACACAGCAGUCCAGGGGUGUGGGGUCGUUCUGCAUGUUCUCCUCUCAUCCUGAAGCCAGCCUCCAGGAGGUGGACCAGCCCACUUCAGGGAAGCCCUGCCACAACGCCAGGUGGCCCUGCUGCAGAUAUCUGAGGACCAGCUACAGAGUGUGGGCUGCGGCCUCCUGCCCUCCACAGUCACCUCACUCGUCCCCAUGAUGCUGGACUCAUCAGUGGCAGACCAGAUCACCCGCCUGACACUGAGUCUCUUGGAGCAGAAGCUGGAGCAAGAGCGAGAGAACAUGGAAGGGGACUCAGAAGGCUCUUCCUUGGUGCCAGGAAAGGAGGCCCUGCCCCACGCUCUGAGGAGGAGGAAGGACCUUCUACAGAGACUCUGGGAACAGCAGCUUCUAGAUGAGCACCCCCAGCCCCGCUGCUGGAGGGGGCCACCCGGAGGAGCCCACAGAUCAGCCCUGUACCCAGAAGUGCCUCCCGUGGGCAUCUACCAGGCUGCGUCUCCACCCCUGCAGGCCCCUGAGCCUCUGAGGAUCAUCCAGCACCCGGUUCCCCAGCCUCCUGCCACCAUCAUUCAGCAGCUCCCUCAGCAGCCACUCAUCACACAGAUUCCUGCUCCUCAGGCCUUUCCCACUCAAAGGUCAGGAAGCAUUAAAGAAGACAUGGUGGAGAUGAUGUUGAUGCAGAAUGCGCAGAUGCACCAGAUCAUCAUGCAAAACAUGCUACUCAAAGCCCUCCCACCUGCAGCAGGGCCUGGGGGACCACACACCCUGCAGCAGGACCUGCAGAGGGCACGCCAGGCCAUCCUGAGAGCCCAGAGGCAGAGGCCAGCCCCAGUGCACCAUCACCACCACUAUGCGCCCCCAGUCCCGCUGCAGGCUAGCCCCAUGCCUGGCACCCCUGUUGGUUAUUCCACGUGGCCUCCAGUGGUCACGGCCACAGCCCUCCCAGCGGCCAACAGCUUCCUGCCCACCAUGCGCCAUGUGGCUGGCCCCACGGUGGCAACGGACAGUGAGCUACCCCCACAGGCUCCAGGAAUGUGAGCCCCUUGCUCCAGCUUGGUAAGCACCAAGGUCUUUACCCUCCAGCGCCACUGGAAAAACCAGGUGAAUGCCUCACCCAGGUGAAACUAAAAUUUCGUCCGGAAAGAAUUCAAGAAAAACACAGUUCACGGUUCUCAAUAGAUAAAGAUUAAUAGCUUUAGCUACAUAAAAACCUAAACAUUUCCAUGAGGGAGACAUAAGAAAGUCAAAUUGGAGUGGGGGACGCAGCUCAGUGGUAGAGGGCCUGCCCAGCAUGCAUGAGGACUGCGUCUGAGCCCCAGCGCCACCUCUCACACUAACAUGGUGUGGGAAGGCCCGUUUGUCAUUCAUGUGAAGCAGUCUCCUCCAGUUCCCUUCAAGUUAAGCCCUACACAUGUGCAUAGGCUGCAGGCAGCACAGAUCUGCUCCACGGCUUGCCCAUCUCUGCAAAUCAAAAGCAAGUGCCUGAAGCUCCUUCUGCAGAGCCGGUGGGGGGAUAGCUCCUCUAGUGUGUUCCUCUGGGUCCUGUCACUGGUUCUUAUGUGUACAUGAUACCCGCACGCUUUACAGAAAGCUGUUUGUUACUCUUUUUGGUGGAAUUAUGUUCCCCUCAUGUUUCGAUGUUGUUAAAGUCUUGAUUUAAGUA